AUGAAUGAGAUGGAUGCGUUCAGUGAUACACCUGUUAAGUUGCACUGUGAUGACCUUUCUCACUGCUUUACAGGACCCUUCUACCUGCACCGCGGACGAGAGGAUUGUCCUGUUAAGAUUGAUCUUCUUAACCUCAGGUCAAAGGAGGAAUGCCUUGUUAAGGAUGGUUUUUUUGACCCCAAGUCAAAUGAGGAAUGCCUUGUUAAGGAUGGUUUUUUUGACCCCAAGUCAAAUGAGGAAUGCCCUGUGGAGAAUGAACUUCUUGAAUUCACAUCAGAGGAGCUGAGUCGGUUUACCAGUCAAUUUUCUCCAGAGAACCUUAUUGGAGUCACCAACUUAGGAAAGCUCUACCGUGGGAAAAUGCCCAUUGCUUCUGAUCAAGGUAGAGUUUAUAAGGAUGUCACCGUCAAGAUUCUGGUUGAGGAUGAAAGGAACUAUCGUAUGCUAAUGCCCACUUCUGAUCAAGUCAAAGUUCUGGUUGAUGAUAAAAGGGACUAUGGGAUUUGUAUACAUGACAACGAACUGUCAAGAUUGGAGGAUGAACUGAAAUUUUUGCAAGCUCCAAAGAUUAGGGGCAAUCCCAGCUUAAUGAAAGUUGUUGGAUAUUGUCACAAGGAGAUUGUGGGUGUUGUUUAUGAUAUAAAUCCACUUGACACCUUGCAUAACUUGAUUUUCCAAGAUGACUUCAAUUGGUUGCAGAGGGUCAAGACUGCCCUUGCAUUAGCUCGCUUGCUUGCCUAUCUGCAUGAUAGGAAUCAAUCAUACCUGAUUCGCAACUUGGCUCCAUCUCACAUAGUUGUUGACCAGAAUUUCACCCCAGUUCUAUUUGAGUUUGGUAUGUUAGUUGGAGGGGUUCUGGGUACUACAGUGGAUGAAUCAGAUAUGAGGAUUGGUCCUUAUGGCUACAUUGAUCCAUUCUAUAGUUACAAUGGUCCUGCUGCAUACACUGUAAAGUUUGAUGUCUAUGCAUUCGGUGUUUUGCUCUUUAAUCUUACAAGCAAGAGAGCUCUUGACAAGGAAAAAUAUACAGGGACGGCAAUUAAAAAGUGGGCCGUAAAUGAGUACAAGUCCAGGCAUUCAUAUGUCGACCUAAGUUUUCAGGAUGAUGCCGACUUUGAUCGUCGGGAUGGACGUAAAAUUACAGAACUUACGAGACAGUGUAUGGAUGGAAAACCAAAUAAACGGCCAGAAAUGAAAGAAGUUUUUGAGCGUCUGAAGGGCCUUAGGUGUUCCGUGGCAGCAGCAUGGUGAGAUAGGGGUGUGGAGAAGAAACCAGUUCUUUCUAUAGAAACUAAUGUGCGUCUUUUUGUGCUUGAUCUUUGUCGACUUCCAAAAUAUGUUACCUUCAGAUGUUUUCUUUUAGCUAUCAAGUUGUCCGUUGGAUUUAAUUUAUGUUUCUGUUUACCACGUACCACAGCAAACGGCAGAAUAAAACUGAGGUACUAUGCUAGCUAAUAAAAUUUAAACAAUGCAAUUACAGUCCACAUUGUCAACUCCAUAGUUGAAAAU